GGGCCAUAGAAGUUAUUUUUGUUCGUCGGGCUUCCGUCCGAGCUAGCAGCGAUUAGCCAUAGCUAAUCAUCAGCUACACUAUAGCCACUCUUAAACCUUUUUUUGCCCACAAAGUGCUGUCAUAUUUAUUUCACAGGUUGAUACUAACCUCCAACCCCGACUUGAUCUUUCAAUAAGAUGGUCGUUUUGACAAAAGACAAUGAAGAGCAGGAUUAUAUCCUGAUUGAGGAGCGUAAAUGCACCUCCCUGCCCAACUCUCCAGCCAAGCGAGUGUGUCCCACCAAAAAGAAACAAUUCUACAUCAACCAAGCCAUCCGCAACUCUGACCUCACUCCUCGAGCCAAAGGCAAGAAGAGCCUGCGCCGACAGGAGAACACGCGCUAUCUUGCCAAUCUUCUUGAGAGGGACGACGAGUGCUCCAAAGAUGAUCUGGAGGUUUGCAGUAGUCCAGCAAUCCCAUCCAUCUUCACGGAAGCCUGGACCAAUGACAACUACAUUGAGCCAUGGAGCAACUUCAUGAAUUGCUCCGGAGAAGAGCAGGAGAGACUUUUGUCUCUGCUCGAGAGGGAAGUGGCCAAAAAGAAACACGCUAGUCAUCUCCUUAAAGACCAGAGGAAUGUAAAUCCUGCCUUCACAGCUCAGGAAUGUUUCCAGAGAAUCGACCGGAGACUGCGAACAACUUUGAGACGAAAACAAAUCCCAGUGGGAACUCUGGAAGUGCUAGAAGAAAACCUUUUGAGCUUCUUCAUGGCUCAGCCUCACUCAGUUUACACAACCAACCUCUCCAGCAGUAUCGGAUCGGAAACGAAAUCAGUGGUGUCACACGUCACUGCUUUCUGUCAUUACUUGAGCUUUGAAAGGCUGCUGCUCCAUGCCGUCUGCCAGUAUAUGGACCUUGUCUCUUCAAGCUCCGACUUGAAUGGUUCGCGUCAGACUGAAGUGGUGAACAAACAAGAGGACUUUCUGCCUCCCACACCGCUGCUGUCGGCCUACUUGGACCAAAGGUGCUGAGACCAGGGCCACGCUCACCUGCUGGCCUUAAAGUACACCGCAUCCUGCGACAUGUGCGUCUGCAAGGCUGACUCCGGUUAGAAAACUGUUCUGUUUGGCCCGUCAGCCUGUUGAGCAGCUUUCAAUUAUGAAUACACCUAUAAACUAAAUUAGUCCAUUGUGUGUCACACAGCAUCGGUCACAAUGCAGAACAAACCCACUAAUAAAACCUAAUCGUGUAAGUGAAUCCAAAAGUGUUUCAUAUCAUACACUACACACAACACUUUGACUGUGUCACAUGGACAUUAUCAUGUCUCCGCACGCAUGUGAUUGUGACACACUCCCCCGCCCCCCUACUCAAUGUGAGUAGGCUGUAAUGCACUUCAUGUGACUAAAAAAGACAAAUAAAUUAUUAAUGAUGUUAAUAUACUGUAUGUGACCCACCGUGAUGUUUGCUGCAACCGCAUGAUUUUACUCUUUUGUGAACAGAUUUAUUUGCAACACGAUCUUCAAAUUUCGGUAUUUUACCAACUUCUUCACUCUAAUUUAUCUGCUUGCGUAAUUGAAUGCAUGGGAAAAUGGAGAAGCUAUCCAGUGGGAUAUAUCAUCGACCGUGUAUUUUGUGAACGUAUUAAUGAAUGAGCUCCCUUCUUCUCAUUUACCGAUGGAUGGUACAGUGUAUACCAGGGGUGUCCAAACUUUGUCCACAUACUGAAAAAUGACUGUGCAUUUCGGUUGGAGGUGGACCUUCUGGAACGGAUUAAUGAUGCAAACCAAGGUUCCACUGUACAAUACUGUAUAUCGGGGGUAUCCCAAGUGUGGCCCGGGGCACAAAAUUUUACAAGAAAACUACAUUUUUAAAUAAACAACGAAAAUGUAAAAAUCAGUAAUUUCAAAGUCAAAAUAGUUAUAAUCUAAAGAGGAAAAAGUUGUAAUUUUAAGAGAAUAGCGUAAUAUUAUGAGGACAAAUGGCAUGGAGUUGAAAUAUUAAAGAAAAACAUGUUACUUUUCAAAAGUCGUAAUAUUAUGAGAAACAAAACUAAAGUUGUAAUUUUUUAAAAUUAGGUUGCGGAAAUAGUUAUAUUGUUACGAGAAUGAAGUCAAAAUAUCAUGGGAAUACAGUCAUAAUUACGACAACAACAUUUACAAGAAGAAGGUCAAUAUUUUAAAAGAAAAAAGUCGCAAUUUUACAGGAAUAAACUUGUAAUAUUAUUAGGAAAAAUAAUGCUAUUUUAGUAGCAUAGAGUUGAAAGAGUCGUGAAAAUUAUGAGAAACAAACAAAACAAAAUAAAUAUGAAAAAAUUUGAAUGUUAUAAGAAUAAACUCAUAUUAUGAAAAGAAAGUUUAAAUAUUUGGAAAAAUAAAAAAAAAACAACAGAAAAAUGGGUGGGGGAAAAAAAGCACACAGACAGACGUUAACGCUUUUUCACUGAUAUCAGAAAGCUGGCAUGCAGUUUUUCUUGGAAUACACUCUAUAUUUAAGUUAUGAGCAUAUUAUCAAAGUGGCCCUUGCAUCCUUUCAUUUUUCAGUAUGUGGCCCUCGGUGGAAGAAGUUUGGACACCCCUGCCGUAUAUUGUAUUCUUGUCAUUUCUUCUUAAUGUGGAAAAAAUAUUUUUAAACGUGCUUAAUAUUUCUGAGAGGCAUACUGCAUUAUAGGGUUUAGCUUAUCAAAAAUCUGCUUGUUUUUUCCGUGCGUCCGUUUCAACAUUACUGAAGAACUGUUUUGAAUGUGUUUUGCCAACGGUGGCGUCCCCACAGUCAUCUUGUACAGGAAGGUUUCUCAUUGGGGAACUAAAUGAGGACAGUCAACUGUACAUGAUACACAUAACACGGUAUGUUAAAAUGUUUACUGUUGAGUACACCGGAGGGUGUAAGACAGAGAAACCGCUUCACGAGCUUGAAUGACGAGAUGCAUGAUCGUUGGUCAUUGCAAUAAGCAGCCACACCACUCAUUGUAGGCAAAGUAGUAUUGUAUGUGACAAGGUUUGCUUGACUUGUUCAAAAAAAAAAGAAAAAAAAAGACGUGCAACAAUAUAGUUUGCUCUAUAGCAGGGGUGUCCAAACAUUUUCCAGCAAGGGCCACUUAGUGAAAAGUGAAAGGAUGCAAGGGCCACUGAUAUUUUGUAAACCAACACACGGAGAUAUGCUAAGAAGUUAUAUGUAGCUCAAGAAAAACAGCAUUGCACUUUUGUAAUAUUGGUGAAAUGCUACUAAAAAUUAUGUUUUUUUCCAUCAUAAUACAAUUUUAUUCUUGGAAAAUUGCGACUUUUGUUCUUCAUUUGAUUAUGACUUUUUUUUCUUAAGAUUUUGACUUUAUUCCCGUAAAAUGACAGCUGUUUUUUCCAUUUCUGCUGUUUUUUUUUUUUCAUUUCGGCUUUCCUCUUGUAAAUUUUCUUCUCGUAAUUAUAACUUUAUAUCUUUUAAAACAAUAAUGUAUUUUUCUUUAUUUCAACAUUGUUACUAGAAUGAUCAUUUUCCUCAUUUUACAAGUUUAUUCUCAUAAAAUUGCAACUUUUUUCUCAUUACAAAACUUUUUUUUUUCUCUUAAUAUUUAGACUUUACUCUGGUCAAAUUUCUGCUUUUAAUUUUCUUGUAGAAAUUUCCAAACAUUACAACUUUCUUCUUGAACAUAUUUUCUUUUCCUAAUAUUUUGACUUUAUUCCUAUGUUAUAAAUUUUCCCCCAACCUAAGUUUUAAAAAAAUUACAACUUUAUUCAUUGUUUUUGUCUUUACAAAAAACUUUUUUUUGUAAAGUUUUUUUUACAAAAAACACCCAACCUUUUUUUCUUUAAUAUUUCAACGUCAUGCUACUAACAUGACAUUUUUCCUCGUACUAUUACUUUCUUCUUGUGAAUAUGGGCUUUUUUUUCCUUGCUAGAUUACAGCUCUUCUCUUAAUAGUUUGACUUUUGAUUGAUUUUCCCAUUUUUGCUGCUGUUGGGUUUUUUUUAAGUGUUAAAUUACAUUUUUAGACUGUGCUGCGGGCCGAUAAAAUCACAGCCGCGGGCCGCAAAUGGCCCCCGGGCCCCACUUUGGGCAUCCCUGCUCUAUAGCUUCAUAGAUACCUGGGGAAAUGUGUCCUAUAUGUUUAGCAGGAGCAUUUUUUCCGUUUUUUAAAUAAUUUAGUUCGAUAAAUACACAAUCGCAGAUCUUAUACACAAGCUGUAUUUAAAUGUCUGCCUUUACAUACUGAUUGCCGUUUUUGCAGACUUGAGAAUGAUUUAAUUUAAGGUGCUAGUUGUGUAUAUUUACACUGACUGAAGUCAAAGACACUGGCUGUGUUCCAAUUUGCGCACCUCUGCAUACACUUCAAUAUGCGCACUUAGUUCCUGAAGGUGCAUAUUUUAACAGUGCUAUCCCAAAUCCAUUGCUGUCAUUGUGCGCUUACCGCUUCUUCUUCUUCUCUCCUUUUUUAAUUGCAACCACUGGCAAUGAUUGAGGAUGGUCGGGGUCUAUCGCUGCACACUUAACAUACUGUACAUAUGCACUCAAAAUGCUAAGCGUACAGUAAGUGUGCAUUUUGGGACACAGCCACACUAUCAUUGCUGGCAAGACAGGAAGUGAUAGUCAAAUGUUAUCUGUGUCAGUGUCAUUUACAGUUCAGUGUUUUUGUUUGUUUUUCCGCCAACCACCAGUUUACAUCUGUAAAUUCUAAAGGCCCUUGUUGAUCCAUACAGGAAGCGAGGUUUUGCAAUGAAACCUAUCGUGUUGCUAUGAUGCCAUACCCUGCUUAGCGUUAAUCAUGAUAAAGCACUUCUGCCUUAGGAACACAACUUUCAAUGUUUUUCUCUACAUAUAUUUCUACUUUACCAGACUUUAGAAGCACAUAUCCAGGUUAUUUUUGUUUUAACAAAAUAAAAGCCUAGGUUCUUUUAUACUGUCUUUGGCAGCAGAACAAAACUUGACAACCAAAGUUUGUGUGGAAAUCAAGUUUCUCAGGCUUGUAUCAUUUUGUCACUCUGAAUGUCACUUUUUGUGUACAGUACAGCACUCACUCUUGAAUAUGAUCUUGUGCCCCCGCUCCCCUGAACUUUACUUGCCAUCAUAUUCAAAAACUUAUACUGUAAAUACUCAUCUUGUGCCAACAUUUGGGCUAAAAAAAACCUUUAAGUCUGAUAGCUUUACACACAAGAUUGUGUACAUAAUGGUGGUGGUGUGUGUUAUGGUGCUUAUUUAUAACUGUCAUUGCAACAAUAUAUUUUUUCUCUUCUGAUUUUGUGCAUGAGAAUGCUUAAAGCCAUGUCUGAAAAGACAGUUUAAUAAACAUUACUUCAACUAA